AUUUCUGUCGUCCUGCACACACACACACACACAGAGAGAGAGAGCCGGAGAAACGAGUUAAAGCGGAACACUACAGACAUACAGAAAAGCCCAUUCUUGACUGACGGACACGCAGAACCCGUCGUGAUGUUUCCUGAUACAUCCACAGGGUGCAGUUAUGAGGAGUGUAAGGCCACAGCUGAUUGGCUGCUGGCUCAGGCUCCAGUGCGCCCCCUGCUGGGGAUCGUGUGCGGCUCCGGUCUCGGAAGACUGGCAGAGAUGCUGAAAGAUCCUCUGGUGAUCAAGUACAGUGACAUCCCGAGCUUCCCUCAGAGCACCGUUCACGGUCACGCUGGAAGGCUGGUGUUAGGCACGCUUAAAGGAACGCCGUGUGUUUGCAUGCAGGGCAGGUUUCACCUGUAUGAAGGAUACCCCAUUCAGAAGACCACUAUGCCGAUCCGUGUGUUUAAGCUGAUGGGUGUUGAGACGGUCAUCCUGACCAACGCCGCCGGAGGACUCAACCCAGACUUCACGGUGGGAGACAUCAUGGUCAUCAAAGACCACAUCAAUAUUCCCGGAUUCGCUGGAAACAACCCGCUGGUGGGAGCAAACGACGAGAGGUUCGGUCAGCGGUUCCCGUGUAUGUCAGAAGCGUAUGACCGCGGUCUGCAGCAGAUGGUUCACGCGGUCGCAGCGGAGCUGGGUUACUCUUCCUUCAUGCAGGAGGGUGUGUACAGUGUGCUGGGCGGCCCGUCCUUCGAGACCAUCGCCGAGUGCAGAAUGCUGCGCUCCCUCGGAGCCGACGCCGUGGGCAUGAGCACGGUUCACGAGGUGAUCGUGGCGCGUCACUGUGGGAUGAGGGUCGUGGCUCUGUCUCUGAUCACCAAUCAGGCGGUGAUGGACUACGACAGCGAGAAGAAAGCCAAUCAUCAGGAGGUUCUGCAGACGGGGGAACUGAGAGCGCAGCAGAUGGAGAAACUGGUCUCCACCCUGGUCUCCCGCAUGCAGCUGCAAAACAACCAACACUAAAGCACUGAGCCACUCGCUGACCGCCAGAAGCUCGCUGACCACACGGACACUAGUCAUAGAUCUUUAUACUGCAGGGACAAUGGGAACAAUUUCACAUCAAACUAACCUGAAUGAUGAAUAGAAAGGUUUGAAACUUCUGCUUCUGUCAUCGCCAAAGUUAUUCUACUUUAAACUGAUUAUUUUAAUAAAUAUUUAUUGUGGCCAAACGUCUUAAACGUGAUUUAUUUAAAACUAGUUACACAAGUGGAAAAGAAGGCACAAACAUGUCCAGUCUUGAGGAAAAUUGGCAUUUUGUUUUUGUUUAUAUA